ACUUCCGGUUCAAACCUCAACGGGGUCCUCACAGCGCGUAUUAGCCGGUGUUGUUGUGCUCGCUAUCAGACGUGUGCUUGAUUUCGUCUCCAGGGUCUCGUGGCUCCGUUUAAACAUGUCCGGCAGAGAAGGAGGCAAAAAGAAGCCACUGAAGGCACCCAAGAAACAGGCCAAGGAUGCGGAUGACGAUGACUUGGCCUUUAAGCAGAAGCAGAAGGAGGAACAGAAGGCUUUGGAAGCACUGAAGGCCAAAGCUUCAGGGAAAGGGCCUUUAGGUGGCAGUGGAAUGAAGAAAUCGGGCAAGAAAUAAAUCCUGAAUGUGACAGCGAAGAUGUUUUUGUUUCUCUGGCCUCACGUCGUGCAUCUGCGACAUUUACGUGUUUCACUGAGUCGACGCCAUGUCGGCGCCACUGAACACGGACCUGUCAGACUUAACCGUGUUUAAGCUCCUCCCAUUGUCGGAAGACGAAGGUUAAAUGUUUUUGAAGGUUUAAGAAACGAAAAAAUGUGUCGCCAGUCUUCGCUGUAUCACGUUUUGUUUCCUUCGUCUAAUUUUGUUUUGUUGUAAAGAGGGAGAUAUCAAUAAAGUUUUUGUAAUAA